GCUCAUCCGACGCUUACCAUCUCACAGCUCUUGCUUGCAAAGCACUCACAUCGAGCAUUGUGCAUACAUAAAGCGCGAGCUCGACCGUGCGGGACCUCCUUUACCACCCAGUAUCGACUGGUGAUUGACACCCAAGCUCAAAACAAUAACAACCUGGACACCCGUCCCUGCAAUCCGCUCCACCAUGGCCUCGACCUCGGCUACCGACAUCAACAACAGCUACAACAGCAUCGGGGGCGACAGCUUGGACCACCCCAAGGCUCCAAACCUCACCCAUCGCAGCUCAUCGACGCCCGGCACGCCCGGCGGUGCAGGCGGCAACGAGCACCACCACCGCGCAGAGCAGGGCAAGUACGGAAACACCGACAACCUCAUCUUUCACGACGACUACUAUGGCUACCAGCACAUUACUCGUAUCCGUGAGAUCUUCCGCCCGCCCGUGGUCCGCCAGUGGAUUGAGAAUGGCAAACUGUACCGCGAGCCUGGAAGCCGUGAGAUUUCGCGCUUCGAGCUCUUCUUCGACCUGCUCUUCGUCGCCAUCAUCCACCAGCUCGCCGACGCUGCCGCAGUGGCCGCCACAGGAUUAGCAGUUGCGCGCUUCAUCCUGACCUUCUACCCCUCCUGGAGUAUCUGGCAGGAGGCGACGCGCUACUCGAACGUCUCCGGCACUGAUGAUAUGCUCCACCGUCUUUGGGUCCUGAUCGGCAUGGGAUGUCUUCUCGGCUACAGUGCCAACGCGACUGCUAUCGAGAUUCACCCCACUAAAUCCGAGAUGGCCUUUGACCACUCGGCCAUGCAGGCUGCUGUUGCCUUCUGGCUUGUCAUCAAGCUCACUCGAGUCGUCGUUCUGUGGUGGUACGCUUAUCGUCUGCCCGAUUUCCGCACUUUCCACAUCUUCCACGGUAUUGGUGUUCUGAUCCCUAUGCUCUUUUACCUUCCCCUCAUCUGGGUGACCAACCGCCCCGCCCAAAUUGCGCUCGCAACGAUUGCAAUCUGUGUGGACUUGAUCCGUCUUGACUCGGUUGCCUUGAUUGCCUGGGGCCGUCUCAACCAGACUCGGAAGUUCAGGCGCGAUCAGGUGGCCGGUCUCAAUCCCGAGCGAGGCAGAGGUCUUACGCUCGGCCGUAUUGACCUUCCGAACAUGAAGUUCCCAGCCAUCAAUAUUGAGCACAGCAUUGAGCGCAGCGGCGCCUUUGUUGUCAUUGUGUUGGGUGAACUCGUGAUGAACAUGCUCUACGUCGCUACUCCUGCUUCGUCGGGAGAGAGCUCUGGUGGCCACACCAACACGACGACAAGUGAAGGAGCCACUGGCGAGGGUGGUCAUGUGGCACGCCAGGUGGUUUCUACACUCUUCAACUUGGCCGCUGAGGCUGCGUCCGGCUCGCCCACUACCAACGCCUCCACUGUGGGCCUGUCACCCAAGUACGGCAAGGCUGUCCUCGGCCUCAUGGUUGCUUGGGCUCUCAACUUCCUGUACACAAUCCCCAGCGAGGAGCUGAACCAGUACACUCACGCUCUCCGCCGAAGCUGGCUCACAGGUCUGCUGUUCUCCUUCCUUCACUGGCCCCUCUGUGCUGCGCUGGUGUUAGCCUCAGCUGCGGCAAGCAAGUUUGUUCUGCACGACGAGGAGCUCAAUUCGGAAGAGAGCGUCACGCUUCUGCCAGGCCUUCGAUGGUACUGGGGCUGUGGCCUCGGAUUUGCACUCAUCAUCACCGCCUCUCUUGACCUGUUGCACGGGUCCAUGCACCACUGGCGCGCCACGAGGAUCCCGAGGGGUGUUCGGUUCGCGUUCGCUGUGAUGGGCGGUCUAAUUUUAAUCCUGGUGCCUCUUGCGGGAGAUCGCCUCAACAUCCUGUCCACGAUGGGCGUCUCGGUCGGAGUUGUGUGGGCCGUGGUCGCGGUCCAGGCGAUUGGCAUCUUGCCGUCCAAGUGGGCGCUUGCCCACCCGGACUUGGCCGCCCGCGGGCAGACUGAAACAGACACGCGGCCUAGAGACGAGCAUGGCCAGGUUAUCGUGACGCAGGCGACCGCGGCCAACAUCCUCGCCGAGUGAUCGGGGCGUGAGCUGCUUUAGUCGCGGCGACAGGUGCCCACCGUGUCAUCGAGAUCCGUCCGUCAGUCUGCCCUGACUCUGAGCGUCGCCGUGACCAUCACCAUCUAUCUAUUCCGCUAUUCCGUAGGAUGAGAUGCAGUGGAUAAGGGGG